GCUGUCUUCUGCUUUGGGCCCUUGGCCCCAUUCUGACAUUCGUCUGCGGGGUCGUUUCCACGGCGCUUACAGAUCCCUACCUCUGCCACCCCACCACCUUCAGCUCCUUCGCAGGCCACUGAGGCUGAGCACUGCACGAGACCCUCCAUCACUAUCUUUCCGUUCGUUUGUUCAUAUUGUUUGCUGUCCCUCUCCCUUCUCUUAGCUCUCGACGCUUUUAGCACGCCUCAAUCUUCAUCAAUAGCCCCCACCAACUAGCCAUCAUCAUCCAUCAUGUCUUACGGCGGCCCACCACAGGGAAGCCCUCCGCCACAAGGCAACUACUAUCCUCCUCCUCCAGAGAAGAGCGGCGCAUAUCCUCCUCCAGCAGACCACGGACAGCAACAGCACUUUGCGCCUCCUCCGCAGCAAGGACAAGGGCAAUUCAACUAUCCACCUCCUCCUUCGGGUGGACAAUCGCAGCACCAAUACGCACCUCCUCCGACCUCGAGUCCACCGGCGCAAAACUACCCCCCUCCACCUCAGCAGCAACAUCAGCAGUCAUACGAUAAUCGCGCCUCAUUCCCCCCACCAGGCCAGCAGCCACCACAGCAACAACACUACGCGCCCCCUCCUGGCGGCAACGCCCCACCCACGUCCGGCUACGGAGCUGCUGCGCCGACUCCCUCUCCCCAGCCCCCUGCUCAGACUGUCAAUAUGAACUCUCCAGGCCAGCUACAAGGCGGCGCACCACCAGCAGUACACUUCGUGGGAGCGGCCAGUGCGACCGCAGAUGAUGUGGGAACUUUCAAUGGCGGAAGCUACAGGAUUAGCCACCGUGAUACGAACACUAUUUUGACGGUACAGUUGGCGAUGGGAUGUCCACUUGUAGCAAAGCCAGGCGCCAUGAUCGCAAUGUCUCCCACCAUCACCCUCAAGGGCCAAAUCAAGUUCAGCAUGAAGAAGCUGCUCGUUGGCGGCGAAAUGAGCACUUCCACUUACACCGGGCCCGGCGAACUGCUUCUUGCUCCAAGCGCCAUCGGUGAUAUCACCAAUAUCCAACUCUCAGGCCGAGAACAGUGGUCUGUCGGCAAAGACGCGUUCCUUGCUGCGACUCAGGGUGUAGUCAAGGAGUACAAGAGCCAAGGUUUUGGGAAAGCCAUGUUCUCCGGUGAGGGCCUCUUCGUGUACAAGAUUUCAGGGCAAGGUAUCAUGUGGGUGACGAGUUUCGGUGCCAUUAUCCGGAAAGAUCUCCAAGAAAACGAGAAAUACAUCAUCGAUAACGGUCACCUCGUUGCCUGGAACUGCAAAUACGUCCUAGAGCGUGUGGCCAGCGGUGGCAUCGUUUCCGGACUAACCUCCGGCGAAGGCUUAGUCUGCAAAUUUACCGGCCCUGGCACCGUUUUCAUGCAGACCCGAAACCCACAAGCCUUUUCGAUGUGGCUCGCUGCCAACGCUCAGCAGGCUGCAAUGUAAAUUCUCAAACCACGAGAAACAUGAAAUAUGAUAUUUGAUCUCUGCUUUUCUUUGGCUCACUUUUCUUUUCAUUUAGUGAACGCCACCCGGCACUCGAGCAAACUGGUAUGCACGUUUUUAGUAAGCAUAAGCCUGGUCCUGGAUGAUUGCUCUUGUUAGCGGGGCUUUUCUGUGUUGGAGCGUAGCAGUAGGGUUUGAACGUUUGUCACCCAUUUCUGUAGUUCCUUCGCUG